CCCAAGAGUGUCGGAGCAUGAGGUACGAAAAGAGUCACAUUGUCAGCCGCCUAGAACCGAAAGAGCGUACAAUUUACACGCCGAGCACGAAGAGAGCGGACCAUUCCGAGGCAUAGCUGAACGUGUGGCGGAGAAAAAGACCUCAUGCUCUAUUGGACUAAUUGAUCGCGGCGUGAUCGUGAAAAAAAAGAGCGUCUCAGAUCUGUCUCACCGUUGCCAUUUGCUCUUAUACUCGAGGAGUGGUAAACCGGUUUAAGUGCUGGUUGGGAAGCCGAAGAAGUUGGUCAGAUUCAGUCGCGAUUGUUUCCCGCGAGAACAUUUUUCGUGUUAUGUGAGAGGUGCAACCUUGUAAUUCUUGCAGAAAAGGGAGGUAUAUUUUGUGUGUGGGAAAUGCGAUAAUCCUAUGAGAUAGACACAAUUGAUGUAAAAUUACGCGUUGCUAAAAGUGUAAAUUUCCGUGUGUGUGCGAAUGAAAGUUGGCUGAGUGUGUUUUUUUGUGCUCCGUGAGUCAGAUGAAAAGUGAAUGAGAGAUGCAGAAAAUCACUCUGUUACACAAUCAGCAUUUCACUGUGAUCAUCCUCCACUUGGUGGCCUUUCUGCUGUGCUCCAGCCUGCAAAAUGUCACAGCGAGUGGAACAGGCCCAUCGCACGACAAAGUCGUGGUGUGUUAUAUAGGCACUUGGGCGACCUACCGACCGGGAUUUGGCUCCUUCACACUGGACCACGUGGAUCCCAGCCUCUGCACACACUUGAUCUACGCCUUCUCCGGCUUGGACACCGACACGGAUGGCAUUAAGGCUCUGGAUCCAUGGCAGGAUUUGAAGGAUAACUACGGAAAGGGUGGCUUCGAGAGACUCACUGGCAUGAAGAAGAUCAACCCACACCUGAAAGUCACUCUGGCGAUUGGAGGAUGGAACGAGGGAUCGGUGAAGUAUUCCCAAAUGAGCGCGAAUCCUGCAAGGAGGGCGAAAUUUGUGAAGAAUGCCGUGGAGUUUGUGAAGCGCUUCAACUUUGACGGCCUGGAUCUCGACUGGGAGUAUCCAACGCAGAGAGAUGGCAAGCCUGAGGAUAAGGAGAAUUUCGUCAAUUUGGUGGUGGAGCUGAAGAGAGAAUUUCGGAAACACGAUCUGAUCCUGACUUCGGCCAUUGGAGCGUCAAAGAUAAUGAUUGAUGAGGCUUACGACGUGAAAACUCUGUCAAAUCACCUGGAUUUUAUGCAUAUUAUGUGCUAUGAUUAUUCCGGAAGCUGGGAUAAGAAAGUGGGACCAAAUGCGCCACUGGACAAUAAUGGAAUACUCGACAUUGAAAGUACAAUUGCCCACCUGCUGUCCAGAGGAGCUUCGCCUUCCAAGCUCGUCUUGGGUCUUCCUUUCUAUGGCCGGACGUUUUUGGCCCAUGGCGAGGGAUACUUCGGCGAUCCCACGGACGACAAGGGCUUCCCAGGACCCUACACGAAGGAGAGUGGUUUUAUGGGCUACAAUGAGAUCUGCGCCGCCGUCCAGAAUACCUCAGCCGCCUGGACUGUCACAUGGGACAAGGCGACGGAUCAGGCUGUGGCGCGGAAGCAGAAUACAGAAACUGGAGAGACGCGAGUCGUUACAUUCGACAGCGGACGCUCCAUUGCUAAUAAAAUCCGCUAUGCGGUGAAGCUCAACUUGGCAGGAGCGAUGGUGUGGUCAAUUGACACGGAUGACUUCCUGGGCAAGUGCGAGCGGGACAAUGACACCUUUGUGGAUUACGUGGCGAGGGAAGGCGUGAAGCUGUCCUUCCCGCGACGCGUGAAUGACAAUUUCCCACUGCUGAGGACUAUCAACGAGGCGAUUAUCGUGGCGCAAAGUGAGCUGGAGCAGGAGGCUGCUAUUGCGGAGCAAGAGAAGGACAAUGAAAUACCUCAUGGGGCGGCAGCGUCAGCAACAGUCUGCUUUCAGACGCACUUCCUGGCUGCCUUAGUGAUUCUGUCCAUCUUUUCAUGCGGGUACUUUAGAUGUUAAUAAAAGUCCUGUGGCUUCCUUCUACCAAUUGUUGCAUUCUAC